AUGCUGCCCUAUAUCAUUGCGCCAAACCUGAAUCUUCCGGUGCGGCCCUUGACUCAGGACGCCUUUGCUGAGUUUGGCACUGUCGUCGAGAACCCAGUGAAUGCAACCGGGAGGUCUCAACAGCCCAAAGUUGUCAAAGCAAACCAAGGCUCGGCUCUCAAGUACAUCGACGUCUCUCAUGUCUCCAACUUCUAUCAUCUAGCGCCGAGCGGGCAUCCUGCGAGGGCUGUCAUGAACAUGUUCGUUUGUUCACCGCGCCAACUGCAACCCGCCAGUAGUGGUUCAGAUAUCACUCAGGAACAAACAUCGAAAUUUCCCGUGCAGAUUCUGGAACGACAUCCGUUCACACCUCAAACUUUUGUACCUCUUGGCCUUGCGGCCGAAGAUGCGACAACGGCUUACCUUGUCAUCGUCGCCCCUACAUGCAGAACAACGGACAGACCAUUACCAUAUCCCCAACAUGCCCCAAAACAACAACGGAGCUGGACUGAAAUUUUCUCCAGAGCUCAACCUUCUCCAGUUGACCACUCUACGUUUUCGUCUUCAGGAUCUAGCCCUGAGCCCCAGCUCCCUAAAGGCCCGGGCGAGCCAGAUCUGAGCCGUGCUUGCGCGUUUCUUGCCAAUGGUUCGCAAGCUGUCACCUAUGGUCCUGGUACAUGGCACGCGCCAAUGGUUGUGCUUGGCGCGAAAGCUAUCGAUUUUGUAGUGGUACAAUAUGCCAAUGACGUUGGUCUGGAAGAUUGUCAAGAGAUGGAAAUCAAGACGGAAACAGGAUCAGAUGGAUUCAAUGUUGUCAUUGACAGCGCUCGACUCGGUCCCAAAGUGCAUGAAAGGGCCAAACUUUGA